AUGGGUUGUUACAAGACGCCGCCGUUGACAUCGGGCGUAGCUGCAGCCGCCAAAUAUGCCAAGCUCUCAGACCUCGAUGUGCACAUUAUCGGCGCUAUGGAGCAUAAAGACAGCCACCGCGAUCUGCUGGCGGAAACCAUGGAGCGCAUGGCCAAGCACAAUGACCGUCUCAAGAAUGAGGCGGCCCGGCUGCGGGCAGCUAACCAGGAGCGGGCGGCGCGGACCAUCCAGGUGUACUGGCGCAUGUACCGAGACAGGCUGAAGGAGCAGCGCAAGCAGGAAAAGCGGCGGAAAAGCACGUGGAUGGAAACCGUCCGGGCUCGCCGUCCCUUGCCCGCCGACGAGGACGAUGAUGACGAUGAUGAUGAUGAUGACGAUGAGGGACAUGAGGAUGACGUUGGCGGCGGCGGCGGUGGUGCGGGUGGCAGCAGACGGGGCAGCAAAUGGAGCAGGGAGGGCAGGGGCAAGAAGACGCCCGACAAGGACAAGGACAAGAAGACGGGGGUGGAUGAGCCGAAGGAAAAGAAAAAGAAGAAGAAAAACACCCGAGGCAAGGAACAGGGGCCAGGACAGGAGGGCGCGUCAAGUGGCGCUGCAGGUGCGCCGGAGGCCGCUGGGGACAGCAGGAGGAAGGUCAAAGUGAGGAAGCCCAAGAGGUCGACAACGGCCGACGGCGAUGCCGCCUCGGCCGGUGCCACCGGCGACGGCGCCGACGCCGGCGAUGCCACCAAGCCCCGGUCCAGGAAGUCCUCUAGGAAGAAAGUCGGCAAGAGAAAGGGCGGUGGCGGGGGUGACGGUGACGGUGACGGCGGCGGCGGCGGCCAGGGCUCAGAUGCCGACGGCACCGCCAUCGCACCCUCCUUGAGUUGGUUGGAAAUGGCGGCGUGUAGUUUGACCGGAGAUGGGGCUGGAGGGGAUGAUGUCGACCCCAUGGAGGCCGGCCCCGCGGCCGCGGCGAAGACUACGGCAGCUCGUGUCUCCGAUGGCGUGGAAGCGGAUUCCCUGCUGGGCGGAGAAGGGGAAGGGGAGGAAGAGGAAGAGGGAGAGGAGGAAGAAGAGGAGGAGGAAUGUUACAGGGAAGAUGAGGGGGAGGGGGAAGAUGGGAGGGACGAGAAAGGAGGCGGGGAGGGGGACGGGUAUGAAGACAAUGACCUUUCGGGGGUUGUACCUGGCGAGGGUGUUGACCCGGUGGGGAGUCAGGACGGGGAAGGAUGCGGCGCAGCGGCGCCGGCGGCGGUGACGGAGGAUGCGGAAGCGGAGGCCGGGGCAGAAGGGGAAGGCAGCACGGCGCCGGCGGAUGGCGGCGAGGAGAGCGCUGGCACCUGCGACGGUGCGGAUGCGUCAUGGCAGGACGACGGAGACCGUGACGGCAGCCUGGCAGCGGCCGCGGCGGAGGCCGCGGCGAUGGCAGCGGCAGCGGCGGGCGGUGCUGCUGCUGCUGACGCGGCGGCUGCUGCUGCGGCAGCGGCUGCCGCCGCCGCUGCCGCUGCUCAGAAGCGGCGCGCCGAGGCGGCGGCGGCUCGUCUGGCAGCAGCGGCGGCCGAUGCCGCCGCCCGCGCCGCUGCACGUUCGGCCCGGCGGCAGCCACCGCCGCCGCCGCCGCCGCCGCCGCUGCCUCAGCCACAGCAACGGCAUACAGCGGAUAAGGAUCCCGCUGCCGUACAGCUCCAGGCUUGGGAGCCUGACCUUCCGGACGCCAACUCAAUGUACAGAAGGAUGCCGUUAGUAAUCCGGGGUCACGGCUCUGCGCGGUCAACCCGCCCCGAGCGCCACACCGGCCAUGAACGCACCAGCGCCUCCGCCACCAACAUCGGCGGUUCUAACGCCGCCGCCGUCGCCGCCGGGCAGAGUCAGAGCUUCAAUGCAUUGAUGCAGAUGCAGGGGGAUGCCCGCAACAUCCCGUCUCUGCUGAAAAUCAUUGACCCCACGGCCGCCGCACUGGCGGCAGCGCUCGUCGCGACGGCACCAGCCAGCCCCACGGGCCAUAACCUGUUGCCCGGCGGCGCCGGCGGCGCCGCUGCGGCGGCGGCCGCCGCCGCCAAGAUGAUUGGUCGUGUACGGCCUGUCAGUGGCAGUGGCUGCUACGACAGGCCCCACAGCCUGGCCUUCCUACAGCUCCUAUCACCGCGGCUGGCGCGGCUAUCACCGCUGAGACGUGUACGACAGCAGGACGACGGUCCGCCGUCCGCGCCGUUGCUGGUCGUGACGCGGCUGAACACCCCACGGGGCUACGGCUCCUCACCCAAUCUCCGCGGGAACAGGUCAAGUGACCCGGGCUUGCCAUCAGCCGGCUUUGCCGCCGCAGCUGGCGGCGGCACCGCUGCCGACGCCGACGCGUUGCUGCGGUCCCUGCGGUCACCGCUGACGGCUUACAGCAUGACGGUGGAGGUUUCUGCGGAUCCGGAUUCCGCUGAGGGGAUGUACUCAGGACAGAGGGGCCUGUCAGAUCCGCAGCUACCCCUGACGGAAGAUGACCUGCAGCAGCUGCUGGGCGACACGGCGGAGGUGGUGUCGGUGACGGAGGGCGUGCGGGAGUCGACGGCGACAUCGGUUCUGGCAGCAACGACGCCGCGCGUAUUGAGCUCGCGUGCGACGCCGCGAGGAGGCUCCCUGACGAGCUUCGGCGGCGUCGCCGGCGUCGGCGGUGGUGGCAGCGGCGGGAGCUGCUCUGCGCCGGCGUCGCCGCUUCGUGGUGGUGGUGGCGGUGCUGUGGUUGGCACCGCCGCCGCUGCCACAGGCGGGGCCGCUGGCGGCGGUGAGUAUGUUUUUGCCACGGAGCUCUUCCCGCAGCCGCGCCAGUCGAGACGGUCUCGUCCAGAUCCGUACAGAGUUUACAAAUUGACAGGUCAGCGGGGAAGGCAAGCCCGCAGCAUCGGGGGUGGCGGCGGCGAGGGGAACACACCGUCGCGCGGGGGAUCGACGGCGGCGGCGGCGGCCAUCUCACGUAUGUCGCCGCAGCGCGCCUCUCAGUUCCGGCCGUACAUCACGGCCUCUAUCAUCAACCCGGGCUUUGGCGACGCCGGCCCAUUGUACGGCACCGCUAGUAUCGGCGGCAGAUCAACCGUCGGUGAAGGCGUGGAGUUCGGCCUUAGCCCGGAGGCCAGUUACGUGUCGGUUCGCUCCAACCGAAGUAUGGGGCCUCCCCUGGCUGCGGAAAGGAGCGCACCGGCGUUGCUCCAGGGCAGUCUGAACGGCGGCAACGCCACUACCGCCAUUGGGGGCGGCGGCGGCGGCGGCGGUAGCAACACGGCCGCCGGCGCGGCGGCAGGCCUACCCUUCCGCUACCGCGCGGAUGUGCUGAAGGGAGUCUUCGCUAUGGCCAACAUAGAGCCCGCCCAGAUUCUGCAACGCGCCAUGACGCCGCCGCGUGGGCUGCGCGGGCGGCCCAUGGCCAUGGCGCCGCCGCCGCCACCGCUGCGGCCGGUCGGGUCACAGCUGACGCCGCCGCCAUCGCAACCGACCCUCAAGGCAGUGGAUUUGGCCCAGCAGGUAACGGAGCUGCUCUGUCAACCUCCCGGCCGACGGGACUCCCGGCGGCAGGCCUCACUGCUGAAGCAGUACGGCAUCCCUGCUGCGGCCGCCGCCGCCGCCGCUGCGUCGUCGUCAUUUUUCUCCGCGGCCCAUGUGGCGCGCAGCCGUGGCCGCGGCAGCCAAGGUCAAACCCAUCAUCGCCAGGAAACCGCCGCCGCUGCCGCCUCCGCCGGGGAUUCGCCUGGCUUCUACCCCACCACCACGUCCUACGGCCCCAUUGGCCGUGCUUCGUUGCAGCAGCCGGGUGGUGGUGGUGGUGCUGCUGCUGACGGCGUCGGUGGCGUCGAUGGCAUGGCCCUGGGGGCUUUCCGAACGUCGGCGGCACCGGCGUCGGCGGAGGAGCUCGGAGUGGUGUUGGAGGUCAGCCGCCAGCUGACAUUACAGGAAGCCGAGCGAAACGGCUGGGGCCACGAUUUGCGACAGAGCCAAGGACAUGGACUUGGAGAUGGACAAGGACAUCAACAUGGCCAUGGUCAAGGGCUAAGUGGCCAUGGUCAUGGGCUGGAGAGCAAGCCGUUGCUUGUCUCGCAUGUUAGCGGCAGUGGCCAGCUGGGGGCGGCGGCGGCGGCGCCGCCGCCGCUGCGACGGAGCUCGGAUCCAUGGGUGGCUGCAGGGCUAAUCACGGUGACUUCAGCGUCCGGGCAGCAGGACGCGGAGGGCUUGCCGACAUUGGAGGCGCCGCGCUUGGUUCGGACCGUGAGCGGCGGUGCCGGCGGCACCCAGCGGGCGGGCGUUAGAGGGCCGCGGCCGUCGGCGUCACUACCUGCGCUGUGCAGCGGCGGCGGCAGCACUAGCGGCGGCGACGACAGCGGUGACGGCAGUGGAGGCGGCAGCACCAGCGGGGCCGCGCUUGUAUCCGCCGCAGUCAGCGUGCUCACGAAUAACGGCAGUGUGAGCACCGGUUACGGCGGCGGUGGCGGCGGCGGCGGUUAUGGCGGCGGCGGCGACGGCGGCAGCUUCGGAGGAGGUGGUGGACCUGCCGUCGGGCGUGGCAGCGGCAGCGCUGACUUUGCCGCGGGUCUCGUCGGCGUCCCCAUGCUGCCUUUGCUAUCAGGAUCUCACGCCGCCCCUGCCGCAUUCCCCCUGCCGAGUCGUACACGCGCACCGCUACAGUCAUUGGCUGCAGAGCCGCCGCAGCCACCGCCGCUGCAGUCGCGCGCUGGUUCCCGUACCGAAAUUCCCAUGCCUUUAGCCUUGGUCGCCGCCACCGACGCGGUUGACGCGGCGGCAGCGGCGGCAGCGGCGGCGGCAGCGGCGGCAGCAGACGACGAUGACAUGUACCGCCGUAGCUCUGAACCUCCCUCAGUUGCAGCGUCGACGCUUGGCGGCGACGGCUGCUACGGGUACGACACCGGCCGUACAUUCGAAGUGCUGUCAUCUGCGGGACGGCCUGGUUUCCUUUGGGACACCAGUCGGCCAAUUUCAGAGGUGGGCCGCUGCAACUCCCAAAAUCAGGACCUGCCUAGAUUACACGACCCAUGGGCGUCGUCGACGUCGGCGGAGCUGACGCAUAGAGGGGCCACAGCGUACAGCGAUGGCGAAACGACGCCACAGCUGACGCCGCCGCGCUCGCGUUUGUCCGGCAGAUGCGCACGGCCCAGCGGCCGCGAACCGGAUGCAUUCCUCCCCGAGCUGCCGGCGGUAGCGCAGCACGGCAGCGGCGGCGGCAGCGGCGGGAACAUCCGCCCUGUGGCUGUGCCAUCCUUGCAGGCGCGUACUUCAGCCCUGACGUGCGCGCAUGCGGGGGUUUCCAACGGCGGCGGCGGUGGCGGCGGCGGCGGCGGCGCAACCGCCGCUUCGCUUGGGGCGUCCUGGCCGCCGGCCGUGCCGGCGCAGCGCCUUGAAGCCGUCGGCUCUUCCACCUCCUUUAGCAGCGGCUCACCUCACCCGCCACCGGUCCCGAUCAAAUCGCCUGGCGCCGUCGCCGUCGCCAGCGCCGGCGGCGGUGGCGGCGGGCCGCCGCCGCUGCCGGCGGCACCAAGCUGGACGUUAACACAACCUGCCCGCUCACGUGGCGGAGCCGCGGAUGGCGGCAGCCUGCGUGGCCUGCCCUACGUACCGCCGCCACCGACCAUCACGACGCGGUUAGUGGUGAGACGGCCAGCGCCGGUGCUCCGGCUACCAGUUGUAGCCGCCUCGCAAGCUGCUGCCAACCACGGCACGCUGCUGCACUCAAGAGCUAAGGGCUCCCCUGGUACGACAACCGGCGGCGGCGCCGCCGCCGCCGCCGGCAACAGUGGAGGCCGUAGCGACAGCCCCACAGCCUACACGACAGCCUCGAUGGCCGCGUCGUACGGUAGCAAUAGCCAGUCAUUGACAACCUUACCCUGCGCCGAUCCGCUGGCAGACGGUGGUCGGUCGUACGGCCCUACGCCGGCGCCGUUGUCGCCGCCGUGGCCUAGCGGCGGGGCCCUUAUGGCGGAACCCAGCGGGGGCCCUGAGCCGGUACCGGUGUCUCUUAGCGGCGCCGACGGAGCCUUCAGCGCACCGCGUCCAUCGUGUUCGUCGUCACCGCCACCGCAGUCGUACACUCUGACUCCUGAGGCCUCAAGGACGUCGGUGGCGACGGAUGCCACUGCCGGCGGCGGCGGCGGCGGAGGCGGCAGCCGCGCUGCGGCCCGGGAAUGGCAUGGGUUGGAGCGGUGGUGGCAGGCCAAGGGUUUGGAUGAGGCCGUCAUUCAGAUCCAUCGGCAGCCCGUUAACUCCCAGAAGACUGUGUUUUUGUGA